GUUACAAAAUGUAAACAAACAUUUGCACGAAAAUAGGGCUUGCUAUGGACGCCUGAGCCACACAUCAACUAUUCACCCUUAGCCUUAUCACUUCUUCAUAAUGGAUUUAUUUAUGAACAAAGUACUGCUAGAUAAAGACAAUGAAAAAGUUGACAUUGAAUCAAGACUUGCCAACAAGGUGGUAGGGUUGUAUUUCUCAGCUAGCUGGUGCCCACCUUGUAAACAGUUCACACCGUUGCUAUGUAAAUUAUGUACAGAGCUAGCUCAGCAGAAAGUGGCCACUUUUGAAGUGGUUUUCAUAAGCUUUGACAAGAAUGAAGCAGAGAUGGAUUCAUACAGAGAGGAGCAGGGAGAAUGGCUUGCAUUACCUUUUAAAGAUCCUUAUAUUGAGGAACUGAAAGAAAAGUAUAAAGUGACAUCUAUCCCAAAAUUGGUUAUAGUAAAGACUAACGGUGAUGUGAUAACUCACACAGGGAGAAAGGACGUACAGGACCAAGGUGUGAAAUGUGUGAAACAUUGGACAGAUAUGGCGUUCAUUUCUGAAUCGAAGAGUAAAACUAUCACAAAAGAACAAAAUAAAGAAAUAGAGGAUACUGUGUAAAUUGUGUAUCAUAAUGGUAUGUGCUGUGCAUCUAUGGGUCUGAGAAUAUGGUAUUCCAAGUCCAGUGGGCUUCUUCUAAGGCUAAGCAGCAUUUUAUGCUAGACCCU